AUGGCCAUGAUGGACUCUCCGAGCGGGAGCCUGUGGCCCCGACAGUUGAUGAGCCCUGGCGCAUCGGCCCAACAGUUGAUGAGCCCGGUGAACAUGACGCCGGUUGCAGGGGGUCUGGGUUGGCCGGAGGCCGGUCUGGUUUUGUUCGCGUUCGCGGCGCCGUCUGCUGUCAUGGCCGUGCCCUACCUCAUCGGCACAGCUGGCUAUCUGGGGGGACUGCUGAUCUGCGUGGUGGUGACCGGGGCGUCCGUUGGAGGUAGCAUGAUGCUGUUGCGCAUCAAGCUCAUGCACCAAUCGUGCCACACAUUCGGAGACUUGGGCAGAGAGGUGCUGGGUCGCCCUGGUCAGCUCUGGGGCAACAUCAUCCAUCGACAGCUCGGUAACUUCUGUAUGUUUCUGCCUUGCGCGCUGGAGUUCUGCGCGCUGGCGCUGAGCGGCAUUGGCAAAGGGUUCUCAGCCUUCGGCGGUUGCACCGACUACUACCUAUUCACCAUCGCGCUUCUGUGCUUGUUGACAACGCAGGUGCGGAAGCUCAGCAACACUGUGGUGCUUACGUUUGUCUCUGUGGUCAGCGUGUACUCUAUGUCUUUGUGCAUGUUGAUAGCUGCCUUUUCUUACGAUAACCCUCAAAAGUUGCCCGCGCAGAACUUCGGAAACCCUGAGGCCGACGCGACACUACAGUUGGUCAAGGCCGCUGGAGGCUUCACCAUUGCCGCUUGGGCGUACGUCCCCUCGUUCCUGACGGUGGAGCUGGUCACAUGCAUGGAAAGCCCGGCGGAUUUCCGCAAGUCGCUCUAUCUCGGGCCUGUGAAUUGCUACAACGUUGGAGAGGUGAUUGGCAUCACGGACGGGGUAGCAGCCUGGAAGCCUGGCGUCGCCAUCAACACUUUCUUUAACACAUUCCAGCUCAUCGGCAACUUCGUGUCAUACAUGCUGGAUUCUGUGCCCCUGGGAAGAUUCUGCCAGAAAGCGUGGGCCCCCCAAUUCGGAGACACGUGGUCAUCCGCACACAUGGCCCAGUACUUGGGGUACACGUUGCCAACGUUUAUCUUGGCAUUGGCUCUGGCAGUGCUUGUUCCCAGCGUGAACACCCUGCUGGACUUCACCACGGCACUCACCGUCCCCAUGGUGACCCAGAUCUAUCCAGCCACUUUGUACUGGAGGUUGUUCUGUCAGAGUGGCGUGCCGCUGGCGAGGGAGAGCCUCCGGGAGCACCCCGAAGGGCAGUCGGAUAGCCCAGAUCAGAAGACCACCCCCAUGGAGAAGUGCGGAGUGCUUGCAGUGUUCGUCGUCGGGUGCACGAGCUUCGUCGUGUGCAUGAUCAAAGCAGUGGGAUUCCUGGCGUUGGAGGAGUUGCGGCCCCCCAUGCAGAUCGGCUGUGGGGACUGGACCAUCUGGUCGAGCCGGGCGGCGGCCGCCCACGCCUCGUGGCCCACUGGCAGGGUCGAGCGGUGGGCGGGGGAGGCCCGCUCCGCGCGGAAGAACGACUCCUGGCUGCAGCCAGGCAGCGCAAGCGAAGCCGGUUACGACCCGGAUGGGCACAGUGUCAACGAGCACAAGGAAGAGUUGUUGUCGGCCCCCGUCUCGCGCACGGAGCGCCCGCGCGCGGUAGACGCUGCUCCGCUGGAGGCUGCCGCUACGUUGGUAGAUCUUGAAGAACGCACGGUCAGGCCAGGGAAGCAGAGGUCGGUGGUGGACGCUCGCCGUAGCAACCGUUGCUUACGUGAUCCAACAGGGGUGGAGCUGGCGACGGCCGAGUCCCUCGGGCUGAUCGAGGUCGACGACGAUUCGGAGGUGUCCAUCGGCACCGGGGGCGCGCGGGGCGCGCUCUACCGCUCCAAGAUCGGCAUCGAGCCGGGCCAGUACUUUGCGUUGCCGCCCACGCGGGCAGAGCGGCUCGAUCUCCACGAGGCCGAGGGGGAGUGGCUUGCUCGAGACCGCUGGGUGCACCAGCGCAUCGCUGCGCUGCCGAUGGGCUUCAAGUGGCCGCCCCACCGAGCGCAGAAGGCGGCCACAGACCGCCGCGGCGGGUUUUUUGGGGGCAGCCAGCUAGAGACCGCGCAGCCGAUGAAAGACCUUGCCUGCGACGCCCUCGACGACGUCGGCCUGGACACCCACGAGCACGUCGACGUCCAGACGAGAGCCGACGCGCUUGGCGUGGCCAUCGACGGACGCGCUGGAGUGGUGGCCACCUCGUCGAACCGGACGCGGGAUGUGGACGGCUUGCUGACAUGCCGUUGGACCGCGGGGCUGCCUCAGGACAUCAGCCGGAGUCGACCGCGGGCCACUGUGGCGUUCAUUUUCAUACUUCGCCGCUCCCUGCUGUCGGUUCUGUCUGCAACCUACGAGUUCGUCCGCAGCGCUGGUGGAAAGCUGGUCGACCUCUGGCCUUCUGCGCGGGCCGAGCGCGGCACUGCGCGCGCGUUGCUGCCUUUCGCCUUGGUCCAGUGGAGACUGCCCUGGCUCGGCGAGGUCACGGCGACGGAUGCCCGUCGCUCAGGUUCCCGAGAUGCCUUGGAGGCACUGGAGGGCGAAUUCACCGCGUUCGCCCCCACGAGGGCCAACGACCCUGACGAGCACCGGGAACUGGAUUGCGCCGGGCGGAGAGGCGGAUGCCUGGCAUCGGCCGCUGGCGACGGCCGCACCUCUGGCCCGAGCGCGGAGGGCGCCCCCUCGCCCGCCGCGGAGGGCGCAGAUGACCCAGCCAGCGAAGGUGCGGAGGCUGUAUACGACGCCCACGAGGCAGGCGCGCCCGCUGCUGGCGGCCACGACGGCGAAGAUGACCCGACCGGCACCCGCACGAAGGCGAUCGAGACAUUCGCGGCCUUCGCCACCUACGGCUGGCCCAUGGAGAUCCAGGAGCUGAAGGCGAAGUGGCUUAUCUCCGCCUCGUCGAACGCGGGGCCGCACUCGGCGGCGGCGAUCGGGGCGCCCGAGGAGCUGCGCCCGACGAAUGCCAGCAUCUGCGACGACGCCAGUCUUCAACUACAUGUCGCCCGCUACGAGAAGGGCGACCGCGUGCAGGCGCAGCGGCAGCGGCUGCCGCGCAGCUUCCAGCAGUACGCCAUUCGGCGCGACGCCAACCUGCAGCGCGCGAUGCUCGGGCUCGCGGCGCCAGCCGUGCCGUCGCUCCAGCGCAGUGGGCUGUUGAGGAUUAGUGCAAGGCGGGUGGAGCAGGGAAGUCCCGAACAGGAGCAGGCCGCUGCUGCGGCCGAGAGCGAGGCCGAGCUGAAGGAGAAGCAAAAAAUUGAAGCAGAAAUUGCUGCGAAGGAUGCAGAGGAGUCUGCAAAGGUAUCGGCGGAAGCCGAGGUGGAGGCAGAAAAAGAGGCGCAGGCACAGACAGAGGCGAAUUCCAAAGCCGUUGCCCAGGAAGAGGAGACAGCGGAAGGAUCGGGCGAUGACAGCGCCAACGAGACCGAAGAGGGCACGAAUCCGAAGAAGGAGGAGGUCGAAAAGGAGAAGGAUCAAGAGGAUGAGGUCGAUGCGAAAAACGAGCAUAACAAAAUGGCAACCGAUGAGGCCGAAGCGAAGAAGGCCCUGGACUGCCUGCGGGAGCCUGAGGCUCCAGGCUGCCUCAAGACGGCAAGCGAGGAGGUCGAGGCGAAGGCUCAAGAUCCGAAGGAUGAUGAUAGCAAGGAAGGCGAAGAUGUGAAUGGCAGUACAGGCGAGAUCGCACAGGCGAAGAUGGCAGCCAGGCAGAAGGCCAUGGAGGAGGCCGAACGGCAAGAUCCGAAGGAUGAUGAUAGUAAGGCUCAAGAUCCGAAGGAUUUUGAUCCGAAGGAUGAUGAUAGUAAGGAAGGCGAAGAUGUGAAUGGCAGUACAGGCGAGAUCCAGGCGAAGACGGCAGCCAAGCAGAAGGCCAUGGAGGAGGCCGAACGGCAAGAGAAAGAGGCGGCCGAGGAGGCAGCCAAGGCGGCAGCAGAAGCCGGCCACGCCAGCACGAUCCCCGUGGAGAGCUUGGAGCCGCAGGAGCCGGAGAACACGAAGAGGAAGGUCACGGACGCGGAGUAUGCCGAGUCGUUGCCCUGA